UGCUCUCAUCCACUAUAUAGUAAACCAAUUUCCUAGCCAUAGCCAAUACACAAUCUCAGAACUUCAAAGUCUCUUUUUUUUUUUUUCUCUCUUAUUCUUCUGGCCAAAAGACAUGGCUUCUAAGCUAGUCUUCCUCAUCACAGCUUCAUUUUUCAUCUUCUUUUUAUCCUUUGCCUCUGUAUCCUCUGCUAAUAACUCCACAACAACCCCUGUGUCCUCAGGAACCAUUUGCAAGUCCACCCCCGAUCCUUCUUAUUGCAAAUCUGAGCUCCUUGCAUCACAAAAUGCCAAUGUCUACAACUACGGUCGGACUUCCGUCCGGAAAUCGAUAUCGCAGGCCUUUAAGUUCGUUAACUUGGUGGACAAGCAUCUUCGUCGGAGAUCGGUAUUAUCCACGACGGCAAUUCGUGCUCUCGAGGAUUGCCGGUUGCUUGCCGGGCUAAACAUUGAUUUCUUGUCAAGUUGUUAUGAAACCCUUAAAAAAACCAGCGGAGUUCUUCCUGUUUUAAAAGCCGAAGAUGUUCAAUCCAUGCUUAGCGCAAUCUUGACCAACCAGCAAACUUGUUUGGAUGGCAUACAAGCCACCGCUUCGUCUUGGAGCCUGAAAAAUGGUAUUUCAGCUCCACUUGCUAACGAUACAAAGCUUUAUAGCCUCUCUCUUGCUUUGUUCACCAAAGGUUGGGUGCCUAAGAAAAAGAAACUGACUUCUUGGCAUCCGAGUAAGAAACAGCAGGGCUUCAAAAAUGGACGCUUGCCGUUGAAAAUGUCCAGCCAAAGCCGAGCCAUUUACGAGUCGGUGAGCCGUAGAAAACUUCUCCAAGAUGCAGGGGAAGAAGAUCAGCAGGUUUUGGUGAAUACAAUUGUGACGGUGAAUAAUGACGGAACCGGAAACUUCACCACAAUCAAUGACGCUAUUGCUUCGGCUCCAAACAACUCUCUAUCCACUGACGGUUAUUACUUGAUUUAUAUAUCCGCCGGUGUUUACGAAGAGUAUGUUUCUGUUGCUAAAAACAAGAAGUACUUGAUGAUGAUCGGUGACGGUAUCAACAAGACUAUCAUCACCGGCAAUCGCAGCGUCGUAGAUGGCUGGACUACUUUCAACUCUGCAACAUUUGCUGUUGUGGCGUCGAAUUUCGUGGCGGUGAACAUAACAUUUCGGAACACUGCCGGAGCAAUCAAGCAUCAAGCUGUUGCAGUUCGAAGUGGAGGAGAUUUGUCGACAUUCUAUAGUUGCAGUUUCGAAGGAUACCAAGACACACUUUAUACACAUUCUUUGAGACAAUUCUACAGAGAAUGUGACAUAUACGGGACGGUGGAUUUCAUAUUUGGAAAUGCUGCAGUUGUUUUCCAAAACUGCCAUUUAUAUCCUCGCCUUCCAUUGAGUAACCAAUUUAAUGCAAUCACGGCUCAAGGUCGAACCGACCCGAAUCAAAAUACGGGUACUUCCAUUCACAAUUGUACUAUUAAAGCUGCUGAUGACUUGGCUAACAGCAAUAGUAGUUUCCGAACAUAUCUUGGUAGGCCAUGGAAACAGUAUUCAAGGACUGUUUAUAUGCAAUCUUUCAUGGAUAGGUCUAUCGAUCCCACUGGUUGGCGUGAAUGGGAUGGAGAUUUUGCUCUCAACACCUUGUAUUAUGCUGAGUUUAAUAAUACAGGACCCGGAUCAGACACCAGCAACAGAGUUAAAUGGACCGGUUACCAAGUGAUUAAUGCUACUGAUGCUGCUAAUUUUACGGUGUCCAAUUUCUUGGGAGUUGGUUUGUUCGAUGACACGGGAGUGCCUUACAUUAGUGGCUUAAUUGAAUAAUUGUUUGGGAAAUUUGUACGAAUUCUACUUUUUGUUCUUUCAUUUUUUUUUUUUGGGGUAAUUGUUUAAUUGAAGUAAUAAGGGAAUGGGAAAAUCUCAAUCUCAAGCUUUUCAACAUGUAAAGCUUGGGUUUCCAGAAAUUUUCUGUUAUUUUGAUCCAUAAAAUGUGUCAUAUAUUAAGAUUCUAAAUUACCAAAAGCGCUGCAAAAGACCU